AUGGCACGGCUAGGCUGGUCAUGGGGUCAAAAAGAGCAGUUGGGAGUUGACGUGGUGUCGCAUGGUUGGCUGGCAGGGACGGUGGCAGGUGGCUGGCAGGCAGGCUGCAGGCGUCAGACGGCUUGCUGGGCUCGGCUCAGUUGGGGUGUGGCAGAUGGCAGGUGUCAGGCGUCAAACGGCUUGCUUGGCUCGGCUCGGAUGCCUUAUAGUAAGAACGCCAGACACAAUCCCAAUCUCAAUAACAAUCCCAAUCGCAAUCUGAAUCUUCAGCAGGAAGUGCUACUGUCAAUGAGACACAAGUCGUUUCAAAGGUACUUGGUCAACAUCGUGCCCACAACUGAGAGUUUGUUAGCGGCUUGGAAUGGGGCUUGUGCAUCACCAACGGCAAGUAAAGUGGUGGUGCCCAGAGGGACAUUCCAAUUAAGCGGAGCAAUGCUACAAGGACCGUGCAAGGCUCCAAUUGAUUUCGAUUUGGAAGGCACAUUGCAGGCCCCUGCAGUGGGCCCUGGUUACAGAUCCGCAAAUAUUUGGGUCGUUUUUGCUUACAUCGACUUCCUCACUAUCUCUGGUACCGGCACUUUCGACGGUCAAGGCCCAUCCGCAUGGGGUAAAAAAUGUGACUGGAAUGAGUUCUGCGGUAACCUUCCCAUUAAUAUAAGGUUCAACUUUGUGACGAACGCCAUAAUUCAAGACGUGACAAGCAAAGACAGCAUGCAGUUUCACGUCAAUCUUAUCGGCUGCACGAACGUCACCUUCCAAUACUUCCACGUGCUCGCACCCGAAACGAGCCUCAACACCGACGGAAUCCACAUCGGAAAGUCAACAGACAUCAAGAUUAUCAACACUACAAUUGAAACUGGCGACGACUGCAUUUCCAUCGGGGAUGGCAGCAAGCAAAUCACUGUCAACAAUGUCACCUGCGGACCGGGCCAUGGCAUCAGCAUCGGUAGUCUAGGAAAGUAUCCGGACGAGGAGCCCGUACAGGGGGUUUACGUGAGAAGUUGCACAUUGAAGAACACCCAGAACGGAGUCCGGAUUAAGACUUGGCCCGACUCCAAACCUGGAGCAGCUUCCGACCUGCACUUUGCGGACAUAACCAUGGAGAACGUAGGCAACCCGGUGUUGAUCGACCAAGAGUAUUGCCCCUUCAACAGUUGCAAGGAUAAACUUCCGUCCAAUGUUAAAAUCAGUAAUGUAAGCUUUACGGGCAUAAGGGGAUCAUCUUCUACCCCCCUUGCAAUCAAACUGGUGUGCAGCCGUGGGAUUCCCUGCGAGAACAUUGUCGUUUCGGAUAUUGACUUGAAAUACAACGGCAGCGAAGGGCCAAUUUCUUCUGAGUGCAAAAAUGUUAAGCCUACCGCGACCGGCAUCCAGAACCCGCCGGCUUGCUCUACUACCGUCGCCCCUACUUAG